UAAUAUAAAAAGAAACACCAACUCUCAUCUCUUGUCUCUUCACCUCUUAUCUCUCUCUAGUCUCUACAAGCUCUAUGCCUCAAGUCGAUCUUGAAGCCUUUGUUUGCGCCGGUGGCUCCGACGGGAAGAUCGCCUGCGAGGAGUCUACCUUCGCCGAUGACCCGGAAACUCGACCUUACAACUCCGCCGCGAGUCCGGCUGAUUUUCCGCCCGAAUCUUACUUCUUGUCCAAAGAUGCUCAGCUCGAGUGGCUCACCGACAACGCCUUCUUCGACCGUAGAGAAUCGCAUAGAGGAAACUCAGUGAACAAUAUCAACUCGAACCCUAGCUCUCAACGGUACUCCAAAGCGUCGAUCAUCGGUUUGCCGAAGCCGCAGAACACGUGUUUAAACGAGGCCAAGCAGCGGAGAAACGUCAGCAAAACCGAUAAAAACAAGAACCGUACGGGGUUCUUGAAACGGGUCGGGUCACGAACGAAGACGGAUCUUUCGCUUCUUCGCGAACCUUCUUCUCCUAAAGUCUCGUGCAUGGGUAGAGUGAGAUCCAAAAGAGAACGUAGCCGCCGGAUGCAACGUCAAAAAUCGGUUCGACCGGAGAAGACAAACCGGGUCAAGAAACCCGGGUUCUUGGCGAGUUUCACAGCCAUCUUCCGUACAGGAGGCGGCUGCAAACACGCGCCAUCCCGUGGGACCCACACGCAGCCAAGUAGGGCACGUGGUGACAUCAGGAGCCGGCUUCCACCGGAAAAUGUUGAACCGGGAGCUUCCGGUUUGGGUGGGAUGACCCGGUUCGCUUCCGGAAGAAGAGGGGAUUUGUUAGGUGGGGUUGUUGACGUGUCGUGACAAGUGUAAUGUUAGUGAUUGGUUGGUUUUGGUGGGACCUGUUUUAACUGUUGUUGUGUUUGAAAUAUCGUUGGCGCUGACGCGGCAAAGUGGUGUAACGUUCUUCAGGAACACACGGCAACGCGAUGGCGGUGAUUCUUACCCCACCAACCACACUUUGUAAUGUUUAUGUAGAUUUUUAUUUCACAUUAUAAUCAUUGAUAUUUCUUUUUUUUGUUAUUGUAAAUUGUUAGAGAAAUACAUUUGUAUUUAUUGAUCAGACAAAGCAUACUUCUACCA